AUGGUGGCAUACGGCAGUUUACAAACCGCAGAAGAUGAAAUCAUCAAGGACUUCAAUGCAUUUGAAAAUCUCAUUACUAAAGUGCUGCUUGGGCUAGAGCUGCUUGGGCUAGAAGUGCUUGAAGUCGAGGUGCUUGGAUUAGAGGUGGUUGAGCUGGAAGAGGCUGAAGACGAGCUGCUUGCACUGGAGCUGGUUGCAGAGGCGCUACUUGUUGAUGAGGAGGCACUGUUCGCUGAUCCUAAAGUACCUCCUUGA